AUGUUGUUCGAUAAGCUUGUUGUUUCUAUCGCCGUUGUGCUGGUGUGUCUGAGCAAUGUCGAGGCCAAGAAGCGUUCGGUCGUGCAGAUGAUCAGCGAUGGUUUCGGCCCCGCCUCUGAGACGCUGGCCCGUGACUUCCUGCAGGUCAAGGAGCACAAGUCUUGGGACAGCCAGCUCCCCCUUGACAAGCGCCUCAUUGGCCAGAUCAGCACUCGUUCGACUGAUUCGUUCGUUACCGACUCGGCUGCCAGUGCCACCGCGUACUCUUGUGGUCUCAAGAGUGUCAACGGUUACAUCGGUGUUGACGUCGACGCCGUCCCUUGUGGUACUAUUCUUGAGGCUGCCAAGGCAAAGGACUUCCACACCGCCCUCGUUACCACUUCGCGUGUGACUCACGCCACCCCUGCCUCGUGGUCGUCCCACAUCUACGAUCGUGACCUCGAGAACGAAAUUGCUGAGCAACAGCUUGGCAACUACACUCUUGGUCGCCAGGUCGACAUUCUCUGGGGUGGUGGCCGUCGCCAGUUCGUGCCCAAGAGCGUGAAGGGCUCGUCGCGUGAGGAUGACAUUAACCUUAUCAAGAAGGCCCAGCAGGAUGGCUGGACUGUCGUUCAGAACCAGACUGAGUUCGAGACUUUCAAGAAGGGCGAGAACGUCUCGUUCCCUUCGCUUGGUCUUUUCACUAUGAGCCACAUGGCCUACGAGAUCGACCGUGUCCCCGAGGACGAGCCUAGCCUUACCGAGAUGUCGAUCGCUGCCCUCAACGCCCUCCACAAGGCCGACAAGCCGUUCUUCAUUAUGAUUGAGGGCGCACGCAUUGACCAUGCUGGCCACAACAACGACCCCGUCGGCCACAUCUACGACAUCAUUGAGUACAACAAGGCUUUCGAGGCUGUGUCCAAGUGGAUUGACGAGCACGACACCUCGGAUGACGAGGAUGGCCACGAGAUCCUGCUUGUGUCGACCUCGGACCACGAGUGUGGUGGUCUCGCUCUCUCGUGGCAGCGCCCUGAGGACAAGACUGGCGAAUACGCUUUCUACCCUGAUGCUCUCCUUAAGGCCAAGCACUCGACCGAGUACCUGGCCGACCUCGCUUUCAGCAAGAUCCGCAACGACACUUCUGACGCUCGCUUCAAGUACAUGAAGGAGGAGAUUGUCGAGAAGAACCUCGGCGUUCACGAUGUGUCUGACGACGAGAUCAACCGUGCUGUUGAGCUUCUUGGCGAAGAGGAUAUUGUUCCUCUCACUCUCUGGCUCUCGAGCAUCCUGAACUGGCGUGCGCAGCUCGACUGGAGCAGCGAUGGCCACAGCGGUGUUGACGUCAACCUGUACAUGCACCAGAAGCACCCGAAGAAGGAAGUACUCGACGAGUUCCGCGGCAACCACGUUAACACUUGGAUUGCCAACUUCACGCAGCGCUACCUUGAUCUCGACCUUGACUCGGUAAGCCGUAAGCUCAACCACGGCAACUCCAGCGUUCCUGGCUCGGGCAGCUCCAACCACUCGACGCCUACUGGUGCCUACAAGCACACUGUGAACCGCGUCGUCAUGCCCGACCCCUUCCACAACGGUCGCGGCCGUCGCUCGCACUUUGGUCGCCACGACUAA